AUCAGCCUCAGAGCUAGACCACGCAGGCUCCAUGGCGUGUUUUCGUGUUCGUUCAAGCGCUGCGGCUUUGGUCGUCGUCACCAUGCUCCUGCUCCAAGCUUGCGGUGAAGCAUCUUCCUUGCCGCGGCCGCCUCGGAAUCAGAUGCGCAAGAUGCUCGGCGUCAAUGCAUCCUCCAUGUCAUCGAACGGCGGCGGAGGUCACUCGGCGGAGCCGUUGGAGCUGGAGGAGUGCUCCAAGGACCUCCUGGAGGUCUCCCAGUUCAACGCGCCGAGCAUGGCCGGCGGCAUGCCGACCUACAGCGUGGAGUUCACCAACACCUGCAUCGACUGCGCCGUGUGCGACGUCCACGUCGCAUGCGGCGACUUCGCCUCAAAUGAUGUCAUCGACCCUGACAAGUUCCGCCGCCUCGCCUUCAACGACUGCCUCGUCAAUGGCGGCGGGACCAUCGAGCCCAGCUUCCCUGUGUCGUUUCAGUACGGCAACUCCUUUCCCUACCCGAUGACAGUGGCGUCCGCCUCCUGUGACUGUAACUAGCAGCUAUAGCUAGCUAAGGGUAUCGGUGACGAAUGAAGCUAUCUAUUUUCAUUACAAAUAAAAUGAAGUAGAGCUCGGAUAUCGGGCUUGUGGUCUCAUCUUAC